AUGGCUAUUUAUGAUAGCGAUGAAAGUAUCAAGCAACAGUGUGAUUGGCUUCAGUCCUCGGGUGGACCCUAUGCCUGUAAUCUCGAGGAUUAUUGUGGUGCGAAUGCCGCAGAGGAUGCUGGCUUGGAUUCUGGUUCCGAUUCUGGUUCAGGUUCCACCUCGGGCUCUAGUUCUGCUUCUAAUUCAGACUCCCCCUCGAACUCCGGUUCUGAUUCCAACACAGACUCCGCCUCGAGCUCCACCUCAAUUCUCACCUCAGCCUCUAGCUCAAGUACUUCCAAUAGCUCAGUAGCAACCCCUGCUGUCGGAUCGCAAGUCUCUGCAUCUCAGUAGGCUUCCAACGCUUUCUCCGAAUCUUCGUGGUAUGGCUACAACCAAAGUGUUCCUAUCGAUUCAACACUAACGUACGAGAGAAGUAUGACAACUGAUAUUACUAUUACCUCGUGUUCGAACAAUACAUGCUAUCCGCAAACAGCCACAGUAAUUCCGCAAACUGUCAGUGAUUUUUCAACGGUAUACACUACAUUUUGUCCUCUUUCUUCGCAGAUUCCUUUCUCAACUGAAACAGAAGGAUCAGAAUCAUCCCUGUUUGUGAGUUCCAGUUCAGGUGCAUCUUCUAUAAACACGUCAGAAGUGGGCUCUACAACACAUAUAUCGUCUAGUGCUACUAAAACUAGUAAUACCGUUGACAUUUUUUCUUCCCCUAGUUCUUCUUCAGCAGGCUCAACAUUUAUGUUACAACAAGAGAGUGAAAAUAAAGGGUCUAAUGAUAUCUUAUCGCUCAGUUCUCUUAUAGCAGCCGCCGCUUUCAUGCUUAUGUGA